AUGGGCAGACAGGAUGAUCCGUUGGGGUCAGCCGACACCAAGUCUGGCAACCAAGCAUUUCAAAAUACGUCGGGGUCAUGGCUGGUCAAAGAAAAGCAAAACCCGCAAAGUCCUCCACCGGAACAACCAAAACUGCGGCCGCUGGACAAGGACUUUCAUGGCACGGACAAACCAAAGCGAGCCACAGUGGUGGACGGGCUGCGGCAAGUGCGCGAACGGGUACCGAGUGCGGCAAAUGAUCUGAUCCAACGGAUCAUGGUCGUUGCCCACUGUGGCAGCGCCGGGCAUCGUGGACAUGCAGCGUUGCGGCUACAAUAUUCGGUGAUUCAUGCGCUGCGGGAGGUCCACACGUCAAGAGUCAAGCUCUACGCCGAAGAAAGAUUUGAAUUCACCGAACAGAUCCUCGAACACUUUUCCAAGCAAGGGAUCAUGCUGAAGGUCAAGUCGAUCGCGGGACACAAGUUUGUCCCGGAUGUGAAAGACUUCAUGCUGGAGGUGCUUUGGGAUGGUUUUGAGGAUAUCGAGUCCUCAUGGGAACCGCUGCAGAAGCUCAUGCAUGAAUGCCCAGCCGUAGUGAAGAACUACGUUGACGGCGUGAAGAAAGCGAACGAAGGCGAUGAAGCAAACGACCCCGAAGAACUAGAAAGUGUCCUUCGGGACAUGGCUUGGGGUGUGUGUUGUGGUGGGCAACUUCAUCCAAGUCCCACCAUGACACAGGUGGUCCUCAAUCAAGUACUAUGA